CAAGGACGGUCGUGUAUGACGCUUAAGCCGGCAUCCGCGUGUAUAAAACAUUCGAAAAACGAAUAUCGCUUAUAAAUAUAAAGUGCUCACAUUUUAAUACUUUCUAAUUAAAAGUCUUAGAUUAUGUGUAUGUGUAUGUAGUUUUGUGUUUCGUGGAGUUUUUUUUUUUGUUUUGGACUGCAUUCGGGGAGCGGAUAAACGCAUCUCGAAGGUACAUAUAUACUUCUACUUGGAAAAACAACAGCAACUGUUUAUGAAGAUUUAACCGGUACAAUGUGGUCAGGCAAGAAGGGUUCGGAGGGCGGCGCCGGUACUCCUACUGAGGAGGAGAUCAAAGUUGUAUUGGUGGGAGAUACACAGUGCGGCAAAACAUCACUGGUCCAGAGAUUUGUCUCCGACAAUUUUGUUGAGGCGUACACACCGACUGGCUUCGAAAAAUACGGCUACACCAGCCCUGUGGCUGAUUAUAGAGUCAAUUUCUCAGUAUGGGACACUUCAGGUACAACAGCGUACGACACAGUCAGACCACUAGCUUACCAGGACGCGAAAAUAUUCAUGUUAUGUUUCAAUAUCGCUGAACCAGAAAGCUUAAACAACGCUGCAGCAAAGUGGUAUAGAGAGGUUCGCACACAUGGGGGAUCUGCUCCAGUACUACUUUGCGGUUGUAAGGCCGACCUCAGACACGACAAGGAAACGCUCACGAUGCUGUCGAAGCUAAGAACACAUCCAGUCACCAGCGAAGAGGCUCUAUCAGUAGCCAGACAGUUAGGAGCGACAACCUACGUGGAAACAUCAGCCCGUGCAUCCAGCAAAGGCGUAAAAGAUGCCUUCGAAGUAGCAGCUUUGGCAGCUCUAGGAAAGUUGAAUAAACAACAAAUAAAACAACAGAAGCAAGUGGGACGUAGCAAGAGUAAGCGUGACUUGAAAGCUGAGCUGAAAGGACGAGCGAAGAGCUGUUGCGUCAUGUGAUCCGUAGCCGGCCACCCUUCAAGGUGGCCGCACGACUGCUAGGCGACCACCGCCCUUCAGAUAUCAUACUACCCCCUUUUGGAAAUAAAAACAAUUUGUUCCAAUGAUAUGAAUAAGGAACAGUAUCGGGCCUAAUGAUGCGCCUUGUUGAACCCCCGACCAUAAGUUGCACCGCAAACUUCUAUUUAAUGCGAUGAAAAUAUACGAAAGACUUUAUUUAAAAGUUUAAAAAUUUACAGUGUUUUAUUAUAUACGAAAUUUAUUAAAUCGAAAAAGUAAUUUCAAUGGUGAAUAUAGAUAAGUUGGAUAUAAUAUCUUUAAUGUAACUGGAACAGAGUUCGUUUAACAUAAAAUUGUAAGGCGUAAGAAAAUUCCUAUAUGAUUCAUUGGAUCUAAGGUGCAAUGAUUUAACAGCCCUCAGGGUUGGGAGCGUGAAAAGCCUGUGAUAAUGUUUAAAUAGAGGAUUUUUGGUAAUACGAGAUUAGAGUUUGGAAUUUAGAAAGGCAAUCGACGCUCAUUCUCACAAUCACGGGAUAUCAUAUAACAUUUAAUGAGACAGAAUUAUAUAUAAGGGUUUCUAUUUACAGCAAUUUAUGUACAAGAAAAGCAUAACGUAGCUAAAUGUGUGUUUUCAUAUACAGAAAAUAAUAUUAAUGUAUAAUUCAUGUUUUUUUUCUAAUAUAGAGUCAUAACGGUAUGCUAUGUAAAUACCAAAUUAAUUGUUAAGUAAUUUCGGUAAAUUCGAUGUGCUCAAAUUUAGCAAAGGCAUUUUUAAAGUAAAUAUUUAAAAAUUUAGAUAAAUGAUUCUUAAAUAAAUAGAUGUUGAUGUGUUUAUUUGUGAUAUUAAUACGUAAUGUAUUAUAUAUAAAAAUAAUAUGCACAAUGAUGGACAAUACUACUGAAUACGAAGGUCCAUAAUUAGUUUCACGUCCAUGUUGCUGUUAGAUUAGAUUUUUGUACGUUUAUUAAUAAAAUUGUAAAUGUCGCUUGUGUCAAUAAAAAUAUAGAUUUGUUAACAAUAGAACCUUAUAUAUUAUUUUUUUGGCUGAUCAGUAUUGUUCGAAAUUUAAAUCGCUCAUUGUCAGAUUUGUGUUAAUUGAUAUUACAAUAAGGACUUACUCACUCGUCAAAUUUAUAAUUAUGACAAUUAAAAUUUUAAUUACUGAUGUGAAUAUAUUGAUCGGCCUAGCGAUAAUUUAUGCUUAGUUUAUCAUUUUACGUUGUUAAAUAAGUUAUUGAAAGUAUUAUAAAUGACGCUACACUACGUUUAAAUAUUGUAAAAUAUUAUACUGUUAAAAAGUAGACGAUUCCAAAAAUGAUUUGGAAAGAAAUUUUAACCUCAAAUUAGUAUUCAACUAGGGAAAUAUAAAAAUAAAAUAAAAAUUAUGUUUAUUUUAAUUCGAAACGUUCUAUGGAAACGGAUAGUUGUUUUAUUAAUCAAAUAAUAAUUAACUAUCAUUUCUAUUAUUUUAUCAUAAGUCGAUGUAAAGCUUUAAAUUCACUUAGCUUUAAUAACCGAAUAAAAGUUAUUAUUAUAUUUAAAAAUUAAUAGUAACUUUUAUUUUACUAAAAGUAAAAUUAUGUAUUUUAAGAUAUCAAA